UCAAUCAUCUCUCCGUUUCUCUCUUUUCUCUCUUCUUUUCCCUCCGAAUCAGAUCCAUUUCUGCUCCGCUCAAGUCCCCCCCGCCACCAGCCUCGCCUCCCCGCUUACACCCUCUACUGGCUUUACCGACCAACUCUCAUCACCAGGGCGGGUCAUCCCCCCUCAUGGUAUCCACAAGACCAUCCCCCGCGCCGCCCAAGGGCCGGGUUGCGUACCCCAAUGCGGCCAGCUAUACCCCAGGAGACGCCGGCACUUCACCCGCCUACCUGAAACCGUUCUCCCCUAUCAAGCCGGUGACUUCGCGCGACUCGGACAAGGAGCGCGCACAAGGACUCAAGACGUGGUGGAAGGGCUUCAGAGAGAAAGAAGCUGCCGAGGCAGACAAGCUAGCCCAUGACGGGCGAGUGGUCUUUGGCGUGCCACUGGAAGUGUCCAUGCAAUACGCCUCUUCACAGGUCUCGGCAGAUGGAGACGACGGUGCUCUUUAUGUGUUUGGGUGUGUCAUUGUUGAGUCCAUGGGAUUUUUCCCCGCUGACAGGUCACAGUGCCAUACCUGUGGUCAUGGCAAAGUGUGGGCUCUAUCUCAAAGAGAAUGCCACUCUGGUAGAGGGUACCUUUCGGGUUUCGGGCUCGGCCAAGAGAAUAAGAGAUUUGCAGACAUUGUUUGACACUGGACCCAGUUAUGGCCGGAAUAUUGAUUGGAAGAAGCUGCCAUAUACAUCCCAUGACGUUGGAACCAUCUUUAGAAGGUUCCUAACGCAACUGCCGGAACCGGCUAUAUCUUACCGAUUCUACGGCGCCUUCAGACUAGUCAUGGAGAGGCAUCUUUCCCAGCAAACGACAUUUGAAGAAGCGCUCGAAGAGUACAAGAACCUCAUCAAGGCACUUCCAGAGGUCCAUCGCAAUCUGCUAUUAUAUGUACUUGACCUCCUGAGCGUCUUUGACAGACGUUCCGACACAAACUUGAUGAAUGCUGCGAAUCUUGCACUCAUCUUUCAGCCGGGGCUGUUGUCUCAUGAGGAUCACGCUCUACAACCUCGCGAGAACGUCUUGUCGCAACAAGUGCUAGAAUUCAUCAUCACUCACUACAAGAGGAUCUCCGAGAGCAUCGAGAUUGGCAAGCCGAGACAGAAGAGCGCCAAGAAGAAGCCGCGUCGCAAGUCUAAGCCCACCAAGCCGCAACGCCCGCCACUGGUCAAGGCCGAUACCGACCUGAUGCUUCCUUCCGACUCGGACGACGAGGCUCCUUCGGGUGGCUACUACGUCGUAGAGGCCUCUGUCAAGAAAUCGCCGCUACCUUCUCCCGCCCCUCGUCCUCUGCCACCAUCGCUCGCGGAGAGGAUCAACUCUGAAAGGGUCAACUCGCCACCACCUGCUGCCCCACGCACAGUCCCGCUGAUGGAUCUCAUCGAUCCGUCCGACUCUGAUGACGAUGCUCCGCCUGGAGGGUACGAGGUGCGCACAGGAAAUUUCGCUGCGACCAGAGCGGCCCUACUCGCAAAGUCUCAGCAGGCGGAGCUGGACAAGGCGGCGAGUAAGGGGAGCACUGGGCUGUCCCGUCGAAAGACUGUGCCUGCCAAGGUCGGUGCUGGACUGAGCAAGAGGCGAGCGUUGGCGGUCAGGGAAGCUCCGUGAAAAGGUUUGAUUGAGGCUUGGUAUCUUGUGAUUUGAACGAGUCAUGGACUACGGGUGUGAAAUGUUGUACGCUCGUACUUCGCUCAGCUCUUUUUUUGUGUAUCGACUAGUAGAGAGAAUGUCUGUAGCAGGGCAGUGAAGGUGCGAGUUAUGAUUUCGUCUACGUAUUUCUUUUCUGUAUGCAUAUCAGGAUUAAUGGUUUCGA